GAAAAGAGCGCAUCACUGACUGAACGAUACCGAGGAACUGAAUUAGGCAACAAAGAUUCUCACGAUGCGGCAAUGAUGAGGGGACUGGGGAGGGAGGAUCGAGUGGUGGCGUCUUCGAUUCAUGUUUCGAACCAACUAAAACGAUUUUACCUUACUAUUUUCUGCCUGUGUACCAGAUGCCACAGAUCCAUGGGAAAGAAUGCCAGAAGCAUUUUGGGGGUGAAACCACCGAGGCCUGCGUAAUCGCCCCUCAAUGGUUUGGCGCAGGAGCCACUUUCUUACUAUCGGCUAGUGACUUUGUGGUUAGUCUUCUUCUUAUCUGUGAGGAUAUCCGUUUUUUUACUUUUUGAUUAUUGCUUUAUUUGCUC